UGGCACUUAAUGACCUAUUUGUGUUGUAAGUGUCAUACAACUCUUAUUAAGACUAAAACUAAACAUAUUAUCUAUACUUUGGGGCUUCCCAUGGCAUGUCAAGAAAAACAAAUAAAUGUGUCGCACCCUCCUUUACAUUAUAAGUAAUCUAAACCUAGAAUUUAUAAUUUUUCAUGCAAUAGCAAUAUUAAAUUUGAUAAAAUAAAAAGGAAAUGAAAAAUUCCUUAAUGUAUCAUGCUGCUAAUUUUUUCUUCAGCUGAUGGAGUACCGAGAUUCGACCUCAAGCCCUUCGGCUUGCAGUGUGGCCACCUCUGCCUCUGCGUUGGACGGUGACCGACUAAACUCCCCGCCCUCCCCUUCCUCCCCCGGCGCCCCCGCCCCCAUGGAUGACCAGCGACUGCCCAAUGAGCUGCUGGACGAGAUCUGUGAGGACAUCGGCAUGAAGGAGGGCAUGGAGCUGGACUUUGUCGAGUUCCUCAUGGAGCAGGAUACCAACCCUCAGGCUUACAUGACGCAGGAGGCACUCAACAGUGCGGCGGGUUCCACGAUAUCCACUCCGACCGGCAGUGCCAGUGGUGGGUCCAACAGCGGCAGCGCCACCGGCAGUCACACCAGCAACAGCAAUAACAACAACAAUAACAACAAUAACAACCACCACCAUGACAGCAACAAGACCCUGACGCUCCUGAAUCCUCCGUCCACCACCUCCACACCUAAUUUCUUGUUUAAGCCCAACUUCAACGAUUCUGAUUGGUUGUCACAGCUGCCGAGCCCGCUGAUCCAGUCGUCAUCGGGUCAGUCAUCGGGCACCACCACGGUCAUCUCCUCAGAGAACACCAGCCCAGCCAACAAACGCAUCCACCUCUCCGUUUCCACGGAUACCAGCCCGAACAAAGGACGGUGUCAGACACCUCCAGGAUUUAACCAGCAGCACUACCAGCAGAAUGGGCCUAGUGUUGUUACCCCUACAGGUAUGGGUAUGGGACCUGGGAACAGCAUGAUGGGUCCAAGCAGCGUCCCGACCCACAGUGGUGGGAUGUCGGGGAACCAGAGCUUGUUCAAGAUGCCGGCCAGCGGCCCGCCCAUGGCGAAACGGAGCCACUCGUACCCUCAAGGCGCCCCAGCCUCCUCCCCCGUCCACUCCACACACUCCAGCAGCAGCCAGGGAUCGACCUCCUCCUCCACCACCCACGCGGCCGGACUCCCGCGACCCCAGGAGUUCUCCACCAACCCACCCAGCGCCUGCCAGGUCAGCGACGCCAGUGACCAGGAGGACGGGAACAACGGUGCUGGAAGCAGCAACAACAACAACAACAACAGUGUCCGCAGUAGUGGGGGAAAGGGUGGGGGGAAGGUGCCCUGCGUCUCCCCAAAGCCUGUCAUGCCCACCAGCUCCUGUGAUUUCGUCAAGCCGGGCUCACCCUCCCAGGGUCAAGGCCAGCAGGGUCACUACAACGCAGUGGGCAGUCGGGACGGAGGCGUGUUUCAGCGUGUAGGGAAACAGCCGCCGCCACCCAAUGUUAACGUCAAGUCUAUGCAACAGCAACAACAGCAACAACAUCACAGCCAGCAUCAAAGGUGGAUGGGAGCUCCGUCCAAACCAGGCCCAGGUGGAUUCUUCAACAAAGGCAUGUACCCCGGUGCACCCUUCCAACACCCACACGGUGGCCACCACCCUCAUCACCCCCCUCACCACCACUACCCCCACGGCCACCACACCAUGGGGCCCCCUAUGGCCCCCGGACCCCACCAGGCCCCGGUUCGGACCCCGGUAGACUCCCCACUGGACCAGGGCUACUUCUCCAACGAGUCUGCGGGCAACUGCAGCAACGGCUCUGCGCCCUCCCCGGCCUUCACCACCUCCUCCAUGUCCUCCUUCUCCUCCAUCUCCACCAUGAUGCCAGCCGACCAGAUCAAAGCCACGGGCAUGGCCGCACAACAACAACAGCAACAGCAGCAACAACAGCAGCAGCAGCAGCAACAACAGCAGCAGCAGCAGCAACAACAACAGCAAAACACAGGGUUAGUGAACAAUCGUCCGGCCGGUCAGAAGUCUGUCCAUUUUGCGGACAUGCCGGAAGGUUCUCCGCCCGCCUAUUCUCAGUCCAUGGAGAUGAAGCCGUCGUUCACAGGUGCAGCGUCAAGCCAGCCCUCGGACUGUGCCUUUGAGAUGGACGGCAAUGGUCAGCAGAAGUCAAUGCAGUCUGGCAAGAUCCUACCGCGCUACAACCAUAACAUGAAAUCUGGCGUGGCGCCCUACACUGUGCCCAACAGCCAGGCCCAGGUGAUGGGCCCGCCCGGCUAUGACUUCAACAACCGCUCCAGCUGUGCUAUGGGACCCCCGCAGGGUGAGGCCCCCAGCCCAGGGGACCCCAUGAACGAUUUCAUGGGCAAACAGACACACAUGAAUGGCGGGACUGGUGGGUCUUCUUUCUACAUGGACGGCAACCAGAACAUGAUGAGAAUGGACUCUAUGCACGAGUACGGGCCUCCCCCACCCCCACCACCGCCGCCCCCGCUUAUGCCCUCCGGGGAGUUUAGCGGCCCGCCCAGCCAGUCAGGGUACACCAUCGAUCAGUUCUCUACCAUCCCGCAGCAGCAGCAACAACAACAACAACAAACACCAUCGCAUUCACAACAACCACAGCAGCAACAGCAGCAGCCUCAGCCUCCUCCUCCACAGGGCUCGUCGUCGGGCGAGCCGGUGGGCUCCAUGCAGCAGCCACCACAAGCACAUAUGCAGCAACCGCACGGUAUGUCGAUACAGCAGCAGCAGCAACAACAACAGCAGUUCUCUAGCUGUUCCCACGGCAUGCCCAGCAUGGGGCCAGAUUUCAGCCCAGGUUGCCCACAGACCAACAUGCAGAUCAGCGGUAACACCAGCGCAGCCGGAUUCCAGAUGCCCCUGGCCAUGUCAACGCCGCUAGCCAAUCGCAGCGGGCCGGGCUCUCGAAUGAUGUCGGGCCCUCAUAUGGGCGGAGCUUACGGCCCCCAAAUGUGCCCCCCAGCCUACGACAGCUCGUACGGUCAGGGUGGUCACCCGGAGGGGAUGUACGGCCCACAGCAGGCACACUCGGGCCCCACCAUGAUAGGUCCACCCCACCCCGGUCAGUCCGUCCACCACAGGGGCUGGGGGUCGGCAGGCGAAGACCUCCAGGUACAGGUAGGGGGCAUGCACCCAGCGCCCAGCCCCAUGAAAGGAGGUCUGGCACCAGGACCCCACCAGGGGCUCCCCCACAUGCAGCCCAGCCCGACCCCCGCGUGUGCCGCUCCCAUGGGGCCCGGGCCCCACAUGCCAGAUAUGAGCGUUAUGGGCUCGGGGGUUCACAUGAACGCCGCCGCAGCAGGGGGCCCCCCUCCCCCGCAUCACAUGGCGCCGCCGACAGGCCCCCACCCGGAGUACGGCCCCUGUAUGGGCAUGAACUGCAACACCUGCAAGAUGGCGGCCGGAGGAGGCGGAGGACCCCCACCCCCACCUCCC